AGACGAUUUGAAAUUGAAGCGGGCGAAAGCGGAAGCGGGGAUGAUAAUAAACAAACGCAGUUCUGUUAGCGUAGACACAACUUAUAUUUUAUUGGAAUGUAUUUAUAUUCACUUUUAACUAAAAUGCCGAGCUGUACUUGCACCCGUCUUACAUAUGUUUCAUGUCGUGUACUGUUUUAGUUGGAGUUGCCGUUGGCGCAGUUAGCUAAACCCGUAAACUCAGGUUAACGUUUUUUUUUGUCUUUAGCAGUCGACUGCCAUGUCGUUAUUUAGUGUGAAAGCGCGGAAGCAUACAGCUUAUUAUGACCAUCUAACGUCAACGCCAUCUUCCAGGACACCGGGCAGAGAGCGCCUGGCCGAGCGAAAAGCAACAGACACAACGCUAGGGAAAAGUGAGAUAACAUCCGGUGACUCUGCGUGUGAGGACAGCAGGUCAUCCGAUAAAAGCCGACAGGUAAACAGGACUUAUGUCAUCUCUACGCCGUCAAAAAGCAGCAGCGGGCACCAGACUGCGUACCGGAGCCGACUCACCCUGCAGAGGAGGUCAAGGAGGAAGACCGGGGCUGAAACAGCGGAGAAAACCAUGGUCGAGAGCAGCCAGAACACCACGCCAGCUCCAGAGAGAAGACUAACCCUUCAGCGAAGGACCCGGACUCCCUCCGUGGAUAAAAGUGCACAGGGGCAGCGUGGGGUCAGCGGUACCGGCCCGCAGCCGACGCCGACAGUGCUCAGUGAGCCAAACGGUAGGACGCCUUGUUUAUUCAGGUCCACGAGUUUAAGAGAAGCUGCCUCCAAGGGCAAGUGCCGAGAAACGGCCGCUCAAGUGGAAACCCAAGGGAGGUUGGCGCAGAGCAAGACUCCCUCCACGGUGAGGCAACUAGAGGACCCGCCGCAAACCUUUAAAACCCCUACCAAGAAGACCCCAUUUGAGAAAAUCGCAGCCAAGCGAGACGUGUUCGAGAGACUGGCAGGGAAGGAACCCCCUAAGCCGGUGGCAGUCAAGUCCGCAAGUCUAGAAAGGCACAAAUCCCGAGCACAGCAAGCUGAAGACGGUAGACCUGUCGCGGCUCCUCGGGUCAGCAAGGCGUAUGCGGGUGUGCACAAGCCCCACGCUGCGCUGCAGGCGAGGAAGACAUCCGACUCAAGCCAAAAGGGAGACGUGACCCAGGCCAGGACCUCAACUCCAGCUCCGGCACCCACCGAGCAGUCUCUAUCUCGCCCCAGUGAGGCUCUGAAGCAGCAGGAUUCAUUGAAGAUGGAAAACAGUGCCGUGACUGUGGCUGUGCGUGUCCGCCCUUUCAGUGCCAGGGAGAAGGCAGAAAAGGCAUUGCAGGUAGUUUUCAUGAAUGGCCAGGAGACUUUUGUCCAGCAUCCGGAGUCCAAACAGAGCUACUCCUUCACCUAUGACUUCUCUUUCUGCUCGGUGGAAGAGAGUGACCCCACCUUUGCCAGCCAGCAGACAGUGUAUGAGAAACUGGCCAAACCUCUGCUUCUGAGGGCAUUCGAAGGAUUCAACACGUGUCUGUUUGCUUAUGGCCAAACAGGCACUGGGAAGUCGUACACGAUGAUGGGCUUUGGAGAAGAGGCAGGGGUUAUCCCACGGUUCUGCCGUGAACUUUUUUCUAGAUUGGCCUCCAUGGAACAUAAAGAGGUCAAAUGUCAUGUAGAGAUGAGCUACUUUGAAGUGUACAAUGAGAAGAUCCAUGACCUCCUGGUGACCAGAGAUGAUCCAUACCAAAGGAGGAUGCCUCUGAGGGUGAGGGAACAUCCAGUCCAUGGUCCCUAUGUUGCUGAGCUUUCUACGAAUGUUGUGAGCUCUUACACUGACAUUCAGGGGUGGCUGGAGCUGGGGAACAAGCAGAGAGCAACAGCAGCCACAGGAAUGAAUGACAAGAGCUCCAGAUCUCACUCGGUCUUCACCCUGGUUAUGACCCAGACCAAGACAGAGUUUGUGGAGGGUGAGGAACAUGAACACAGUAUCACCAGCAGGAUAAACCUGGUGGACCUGGCAGGCAGCGAACGCUGUAACUCAGCCCAGACAAGUGGAGACCGACUCAGGGAGGGUGCUAGCAUCAACAAAUCCCUGCUUACCCUUGGAAAGGUCAUCUCUGCCCUUUCCGAAGAGGCACUGACAAGGAAGAAGGUUUUCAUACCGUACAGAGAGUCUGUCCUCACAUGGCUGUUAAAAGAAAGCCUCGGUGGUAACUCCAAGACAGCCAUGAUCGCCACACUGAGCCCAGCAGGCAGCUAUGUGGAUGAAAGCCUAAGCACUCUGCGCUAUGCCCAGCAGGCCCGAACUAUCAUUAAUGUGGCCAAGGUCAAUGAGGACACCAGUGCCAAGCUCAUCAGAGAGCUCAAGGCAGAGGUAGAGAAGCUGCGAGCGGCCCAGAUGAGCUCCCAGGGAAUUGAACCAGAGAGGGUCAGGCUGUUCCAGCAGGAGAUUGUUGCCCUGAAGAACAAACUCUGUCAGCAAGAGAGAGAAAUGGUCGAGGCCAACCGGGCAUGGAGACAGAAACUGGAACAAGCUGAAAUACGCAAACGUGAGGAGACUAAAGAGUUGAAGAAAGCAGGUGUGACGUUCAAAGUGGACAAUCGUCUACCCAACCUUGUGAACCUGAACGAGGAUCCUCAGCUGUCUGAGAUGCUUCUCUACAUGAUCAAAGAGGGUCAAACCACAGUGGGCAAGCUCAAGUCUGACUCCAGCCAUGACAUUCAGCUGACCGGAGCCCUCAUUGCUGACCAACACUGUGUUAUAACCAACAUCCAUGGUACUGUCAGCAUCACUCCCAUGGAAAGCGCCAAGACCUUUGUUAACGGGAACCUCAUCUCUGAUUCCACUGUCCUACAUCAUGGUGACAGGGUGAUUCUGGGUGGGGACCACUACUUCCGCUUCAACCAUCCAACAGAGGUGCAGUCUGGGAAGCGGGUAUCAUGUUGGACUGGUGCAGGCGAUGGCCACAAAGAUUUUGAAUUUGCCAAAAAUGAACUACUCGUGGCUCAAAGAGCUCAGCUGGAGGCAGAAAUUGAAGAAGCCAAUUUGAAGGCGAAAGAGGAGAUGAUGCAGGGAAUCCAGAUGGCAAAGGAGGUGGCCCAGAAGGAACUAUCUGAUCAGAAGGCGAUUUAUGAGGACAGGAUCCGCGCCCUGGAGAGAGAGCUGAAUGAGGAGAAUGAGUGGAAACGUCAACAGGAGUUAGACCAGCAGAGGGUGGCCAGCCAGGUGGCAGAGCUGAAGAUGGCCAAGCUGGAGCUGGAACAGGAGGUGGACUCCCACAAGAAACGCCUCCGCCUGCACAUGGAGGCCCAGGUGAUGGAGGAACACCGUGUGAGUCAAGCGAGGAUUGUUGAGGCCCUGGAGGUGGAGAAGAGAAAGAUUGGCAAAGAGCUAGAGGAAAUGCAGAGGAAAAGAGCUUUAAGGGAAAACAACUCCUCCCGAAAUAUCUCUCCACAGUGGGAUGCCAUGAAGUUGUCCUUGAUGAUUGAGGAAGCUAAUAAGAUCAGUAGUAAAUUGAAGAAAAACACAAUCUUCAGCAGACAUGAAAGCUCUGACAACAAGAAUCUGGAGCAAGGUGGUUUGCUACAGGUGCGGGUUCAAAACACAAAGCUGGGGAUCUCCACGUUCUGGAGCCUGGACCAGUUCCAAAACAACAUGGCUACCAUGAGGGAACUCGAACAGGGGGAUUCCACCUCUAAAGAUGACGAUGUGUUUUAUGAUCCUGAUGAUGAGUGGGAGCAAGAUAUAUCGGCCUCCUCUGCUUCCACCUCCUCUUUCUCACGCCGAAGGAGCAGGAGUUUGUUGAAGAGCAGAAGAAUCUCAGGGCGUCUCUACGAGAUCCGGGUCCAUCCGAUUCAGAGCCUCCACAAUGGCUGCUCCCAGUCUGCUGGGUUGAUGGGUGUCAGCAAACCUCCCUCCACCCAUUCCAGCAGCGCCGACUCUGCCUUGCCCGGCAUCUGCAAAGAGUUGAUUGGUCAGUCAGUGGCCCAACUGCGUGGUUGUAGUGGGACAGAGGAGAGCAUGGCUGACAGGUUGGCCUCUAAUCUGAACCUGGUGUAUGCGGCAGUCCAAGCCAUAUCUGACCUGUACAACAGCCUGGAUGAUAACAGCCAGGAGAAAGUGUUUGGCUGUAACCUGCUGGCCCAGACUGAGCUGGUCAAGGCCACUACAGCCAUAGAGAGUGCAGUGUUUGUUACCAUGCAGUGGUUGGUCAGUGUUAAACCCUCCUCCGGCCUGCUCUACACCAUCGCCGAGGAACUCAAGAGCCAAGUCAAGAAGAUGGGAGGAUUCUUUCAGUUGCUCAUUCAGGGUUGUGAAUCCGAGAUCACCUCAAUGGUGACGGAGGCACGGAGGAAGAGCAGUCAGUGCCUAGAUGCAGCUUUGCUUGCACUUGCCCAGCUGGCAGCAGUGACAUGCAUGCCGCUGAAUGCUUUGGAGCUGGGUGCCCAGGCCACAGGCAAGCCAUCAAUGGUCGAGUGUCUGCUGAAGGGGACCAAUAAAGGCGUCCGCUCUCUCUUAGAGGAGAGCCUCACUAUCACCAGGGAAAUGCUAAGAGAGGCUCAACUGGCCUAUCCAAGGAACCCAGUCCUGCAGAGCCUGAAAUCCAAGACGCUCGAUUUAGCACGUGCUCUGCAGAGCUAUGUGCAUUGCCACAUUUCGGAGAGAGAAUCUGACCCAGAGGAGGUGGAGGAAGGAGUGGAGGAGGGUUCAGCUUCCCAUUUGAAGAAACUGAGGACUACAGCGACCAAACUGUUCCAGCUGAACCAGGCCCUCAGACAGCUACAUUCCUCUCUGUCUGCUGCCCUGCGAGGAAAAGACAGAGACUCCAACUUCAUUAACUGCAGAGAGCUGAUCUCCUCCUCUGCCAAGGCAGUGGAUGAGCUGGUUACUGCUCUGUCCAAGAGGGGAGCGUUGACACUGCCUUUGCAGCUUCCCUGUCUUCAGAGCGUCAUGACUGCACGAGACGAGCUCCACUCUGCCCUGCGAUCCCUGUCCGCCACCUGGAACGAACAGGGGGAAGGAGAGAGCAGAAGCUCUGCCGCUUCAGAUAAGAGUACAGUAGAUGAAAUCUUGACUAAAGAGAGCGCUGCCAAUCACAGUGCUGUUAGAAAUCGAGUCGUGAGUACGAUAGUGUACUCUCUCCCCCCUGGUGUCUCGUCCAAAGGCAGCCCACACUGGGUGUAAUGUGUACUUAUACUGUUAUUUGUUAGGAUGUUAUCAUACCAUGUAGGAUUUACUGUAGAAAGGAACUGCUGAAAUGGAAAAAAACUUUGAAGUGAGCUCCCUGUUGUUAAUAAUAAAUGGGUAUCUUUCUUUUUUUUUGUACACCCCACUUUCCCCAACCCUACAUCACAGACAGGACAAAUUGCAGAGACUUUUUUAGUGUUGCCAUUCAAGUUGAUAAAAUCCAGUUAUAUUCACACUUAUAAUUAACUCUGCUUACUACAUGUGCAAAUAUGUCACUUCUGAUAUGAUGUAAACGCAGUACUAGUGUUGAGAUGUACUGGAGGUUCUUUCCUAAGUCUGGUGAGAAUUUGCUUCUAAGUGCUUUGAAAGUAUUUGACACAUGCAUUGGGGCAGAGACCUCAGUCACCAGAAUGUUUAUAGUUAAACAGUGUUGUUCAUGACGGAUAAACACAAUUAUGCAAAUGUUCACUUAUGCCAGGCCUUUUCCGUUGUAUUAUAUUUUUCAGAGGCCAAUAAAUUAUUCUAGGUUGCAUUUUUAUUGAUUCAAACAUACAACAGUACAACCUGCAGCUGCUUUGUUGAAGUGUUUUGUUAAAAAAAAAUAAAAAAUAAAGACUUUGUCCCCAUUCUCUGCUGUAUAUAAUUUC